GGAGUGAAGCUGCUGUCUGCUAAACAGGAGGAUCCACACUGCAGACUGGACACUCUCAGGGUGGAGCCUGCUGGAGUCCGAUGGUUGAAACCAGGUCUGAGGAAGUAUUCCUGUGAACUCACACUCGACAUAAACACAGCAAAUCAAAAUACCAAGCUGUCUGACAACAACAGGAAGGCGACACAUGUGUGGGAGUAUCUGUCAUAUCCUGAUCAUCCAUACGGGUUUAACCACUGGUCUCAGGUGAUGUGUACAACUGGUCUGACUGGUCGCUGUUACUGGGAGGUCGAGUGGAGAGAAAAAGUUACUGUAGCAAUGAGUUACAGAGGAAUCAGCAAGAGGGGAAGCUCUGAAUACAGUUAUUUUGGAGGGAAUGAUAAGUCCUGGAGACUGGACUGCUCUACAGAUGGUUACUCUGCCUGGCACAAUAACAGAGGAACAUCCAUCACCUCCUCUGUCUCUAACAGAGUAGGAGUGUAUCUGGACUGGCCUGCUGGCUCUCUGUCCUUCUACAGAGUCUCCUCUGACACACUGAUCCACCUCCACACCUUCAACGCCACAUUCACUGAACCUCUUUAUCCUGGCUUUGGGUUCUGGUUCAACCCUUAUUCUUCAGUGUCUCUGUAGGAGGGAGAAUCUGCUCCUGUUGGAGAACAGAUCAGUUGAGCCGUACAGGAUCACAGUUGCAGAGGUCUUUCAGGUUCUUCUUAUAAAUUCAUCAAUGAAUCAAAGUGAUUCCUCAUUUACAUUGUUAACAUCGUCCACUUCUGGUCCUUUAAAGAUAAAAGCUCUGAUCAUUAAAUGAUGGAAAUGAUGUUGACUUGUACCUUCUGCCCCUUUAAUAUCCUUCUGAUGUUUUUGAAUGUGGUUGUUUUAUCUUAACAUUUAAAAUUUUUUUGCUUGCUGUAUGUCAUAUCUCUAUAUCUAUAUCUCUAUAUAUUUAUCGAUCGAUCUAUCUAUAUAUCUAUAUAUCUAAAUAGCUAUAUGUAUAUAGCUGAGCAUGUGUGUGUAUCAUAAAAGGGCUAAAUGUCCAAUUGUUAACAAAAUAAAGAAUGUCAGAGCUCUUCUUUAUUUGUAAAGAGACCAGUUUUUACAUUUUAGGCGGAUUUCAGAAUGAGGGACUGACUGAACCUGCAACAAGGGAUACAAUUGUCAGAAACUACUUUUGAUGAUGGUGUCAUUGUAAUUAACGUACAGUAAUAAGUUAGUUUUUUAGUUUUUACCUGUUAAGCCUUUCAGUACAGUAAUGUCUACUCUAUUACUGUAAAGUUUAAACAAAUCAAGUGCAAAUAUAAAUAAAUGUGUGUAUAAGCUGGUACAUGAUAGAAAAUUUUAUUAUGUGUUAUUAUAUUAUUUGACAGAUUCUGAAGUUUGAUUACAUUUGUUCUGAAAAUCCACCCUGAAUCCACCCUUCUGUUGGGAUCAGGAUUAUCCUAAUUAUUUUGGAUCAAAGGGAUCCCACCAACUAAAAACACAUACUGAAGGUUUGAUCCAGAUCAAAACAAAGGUGAUCAGGUGAUCUUUUUCUUUUGAACAACCCAUUUUAAAGAUUUGAUCCAAUCCAAUCACUUCUGAACAUCUGGGCCCGGCUGUCUGAAUGGGAGCAAAUCCCUGCAGCAGGUUCAACAUGUGCUGGAAAUCAGGUGUCCACAUACUUUUGGCCAUUUAUGAAACUGUGCAGAUUGUAGAAUUCUUGUGUUUUCAGCUCUAAUAAAACACUUUGUAAAGUAAA